UGGCUGUGAUGCCCAAGCGCGCAAGCAGCGGGUACCGGGACUGGAGUGCGCCUUAAGGUUCGUGCUCUGGGGAAAAACUCAGGUCAUUAGGUUCCUUCAAGUUAUUUGGGAACUGAUCAAGGUUUCAAGCUAAAGAUGGAGGUGAUGAAUCGCCUGAGGGUCAUUCUCCAAGCCUCUCGGAGCAAGUCACUGUGGAGAAGAUUCCAGAUUCUGAGGUCCAUGCCAGUGAGGCCCUGCAGCCUCUACACCUGCACUUACAAAACCCGGAACCGAGCCUUGCACCCACUCUGGGAGAGCAUGGACCUGGUCCCGGGGGGCGAGCGCCAGUCGCCCAUCAACAUCCGGUGGAGGGACAGUGUCUACGAUCCCGGCUUAAAACCGCUCACCGUCUCUUAUGACCCAACCACCUGCCUCCACAUCUGGAACAACGGGUACUCUUUCCUCGUGGAGUUUGAAGAUUCUGCAGAUAAAUCAGUGAUCGAGGGAGGACCCCUGGAACACAACUACCGACUGAAGCAGUUCCAUUUUCACUGGGGGGCCAUCGAUGCUUGGGGCUCCGAGCAUACCGUGGACAGCAAAUGUUACCCCGCGGAGCUGCACUUGGUGCAUUGGAAUGCAGUCAAAUUUGAAAACUUUGAGGACGCAGCACUGGAAGAAAAUGGUUUGGCUGUGAUAGGGGUAUUUUUAAAGCUAGGCAAACAACAUAAAGAACUACAGAAAUUAGUGGAUACUUUGCCAUCAAUUAAGCAUAAGGACACCCUUGUGGAAUUUGCGUCAUUUGAUCCUUCCUGCCUGAUGCCCACCUGCCCAGAUUACUGGACCUACUCGGGGUCCCUGACUACCCCGCCACUCUCCGAGUCCGUCACCUGGAUUAUUAAGAAGCAGCCCGUAGAGGUUGACCAUGAUCAGCUUGAGCAAUUUCGGACCCUGCUUUUCACUUCUGAGGGAGAGAAAGAGAAAAGAAUGGUGGACAACUUCCGCCCCCUUCAGCCCCUGAUGAAUCGCACUGUUCGCUCGUCCUUCCGUCAUGAUUAUGUGCUGAAUAUACAAGCAAAACCCAAGCCAUCGACCAGCCAAGCGACCCCCUAGGAUGCUCAUAUCUCAGCAGUAUUUUGCUUUAAUACAUACUAGCUUUU